UUGUCAAACCAAACGUCAAAACGGAACAAACGAGAUUUCUCCACGUAACGGAAGCGUGUGUUUUAUCUCGAUUACUGUGUGGAAAAAGUAUAUUCAAGUCAUAUUCUUUGAGAUGAUUUUGUAAAAUUUAAACCUAAUUCAAAGUAUAUUGAUAUCAAGCGCCUACACGACCCUACGGCCAGAAUGAAGCCGCUGGGUCUUCCAUUAAUAUUUCUAUUCGCAGUUACCGUGUAUGGUGUAGAUAGGAAUAAUUUUAAAACAUGCGAUCAGUCCGGUUUCUGUAAACGGCUGCGAUCAUUCAAACCAGAGAAAUCUCAGUACACACUUAAUUUGGAUACCGUUAUAGUCCAUGGCAAUAUUUUAUCCGCAGAGGUGUCCACUGUUAAUACCGAAACUGAAAAUAAAAUCCCAUUGUGGAAGUAUGCCUUAACAUUCUCGGCAUUAGUAGAUGGCACAUUCAGGAUUCAGAUUGAUGAGGCAGACCCCAUCUAUCCUCGAUACAGGACACAGCUGGCACUUGACGGAGAACCCAAGGCUGAUGGACUUCAAUUAGUGUCCAAGGAAGGCGGUAAGCUGACCUUGACUAACACACAAGGUCACAAAGUCUUGAUAACCGCGGAGCCACUCAAGUUUGAGUUCCUCGAUCAGAAUGGUGAUGUAGCCGUGGUGAUCAAUGAGAACUCGCAGCUGCUUAUCGAACCAUUGAGACUGAAGCGGGAGAAAAAUGAUGAAGAAGAAGGCAAUGAGAAUGCUAUUGAAGUUGAGGAGGAAGGUACAUGGGGAGAGAAUUUCAAAUCCCAUCACGACAGCAAACCACGAGGCAAUGAGGCUGUGUCACUCGAUGUCUCCUUCCCUGACGCCGAUCAAAUCUACGGUAUACCGGAGCACACGGACAAGUUCGCUCUCCGCACGACGACGUCUGGAGAACCAUACCGGCUCUACAACUUGGACGUGUUUGAAUACGAGCUGGACAGCAGGAUGGCAAUAUACGGCGCUGUGCCUGUUUUAUAUGCACAUGGGUCUAAACGUACAGUAGGAGUGUUUUGGCACAACUCAGCUGAGACUUGGGUGGAUGUAGUCAAUUACGCGGAUGGCACCGUCGUGUCAUCUCUCGUCAAUCUGGUCACAGGAGGUCAUAAACGACGUGUCGACGCGAGGUUCAUCAGUGAGUCUGGUAUAGUGGACGUGUUUGUGAUGCUGGGCAGCAAGCCAGCAGACGUGUUCCGGCAGUACACCAAACUGACUGGAGUGGCUCCAUUACCACCGAAAUUCUCGUUAGCGUACCACCAGUCUCGCUGGAACUACGUGGACGAGGCCGACGUGCGCGCUGUCGAUGACAACUUCGACGUGCACGAUAUACCUGCUGACGUCAUCUGGCUCGACAUCGAGUACACCGACAGGAAGAAGUACUUCACUUGGGACCCGGAGAAGUUCCGUCACCCUGCAGAUAUGGUGGCCAACUUAACAGCCAAGGGUCGAAAGCUGGUCGUCAUCAUCGACCCUCACAUCAAACGAGAAGCUGGAUACUUCGUGCAUGAAGAUGCGACUGAGCAGGGCUUAUAUGUUAAAGAUAAAGAUGGAAAUAUUUAUGAAGGUUGGUGUUGGCCCGGCUCAUCUUCUUACUUGGACUUCUUCAACCCGGCUGCUUCUAAGUACUACUCGGAGAGAUAUAGAUUUGAGAACUUCCCGGGGACCAGCAAGAAUGUUCACAUCUGGAACGAUAUGAAUGAACCUAGUGUGUUCAAUGGGCCGGAGAUCACGAUGCCGAAGGACUGCCGGCACUACAAGCCGCCGUACGACGGACAGGAAGGACUCGCCGACUACUGGGAACAUAGACAUGUGCACAACGAGUACGGUCUGUGGCAGAUCAGGGCCACGCAGGAGGGCUUGCUGCAGCGAGCUGACCACAAUUACAGGCCCUUCAUACUCACCAGGUCCACCUUCGCUGGCACUCAGAGAUACGGCGCGGUGUGGACUGGAAAACCGCGAGAUUCCCUAAUUGUACUUAUUUCAAUAAUUUCUAAUCUGCAAUUAUUAUGUUCUAGGUACACUCUAUUCUACGAGCACACUCUAGACGGCACGCCGGUGACGCGGCCCUACUUCCAGGAGUAUCCCAAUGAAGAGGAAACUUACACUAUUGAUGAUCAGUAUUUACUGGGUGACAAGCUGCUGGUCCGCCCCGUGCUGGAAGCUGGUGUGAAGAGUGUGAAGGUGUACCUUCCCGGACGAGAGACAAACACGUUGUGGUACGAUGUCGACUCCUACCAAGUACAUAAAGCUAACGGAUAUUUCAAUCAGGAAGUUAAUCUAGCAAAGAUCCCUGUGUACCAGCGCGGGGGCGCGGUGGUGCCGCGACGCGAGCGAGUGCGUCGCUCCUCCACGCUGAUGGCCAACGACCCCUUCACACUGGUCGUCACAUUGGACGCUAAUAACACAGCGCACGGCACCCUGUAUAUUGACGACGGGGAGACUUACGAAUAUAAGAAUAAUAAAUACAUCUACGCCAAGAUCGCUUACGAACCUAACCAGAUGACAUACACGCUAGUGAAUCCAUCAUCAGAGUUCUCUACCCGCGCUUGGAUCGAGCGUAUAGUGAUAGCGGGGGUGCAGUCGGCGCCGCGCACCGCGCGCCUGCAGGCCGCCGGCCGCGCCGCCGCGCUGCACAUGACGCUGCACCGCGGCAACAACGUCCUCGUCAUCCGCAAGCCCGCCGCGCCGCUGCACUCCCACUGGACUAUACACUUCACACAAUAACACCCUAUAUAUAAAAUUAUCACACGUAAGCAACAACAUUUUAAUAUGUAGAUGAGGCAAAGUUGACAUUUUGUACACGAUCACUAACGCCAUCUAUUGAUUAGACCCUUUCACGCGAUCACUAACGCCAUCUAUUGUUUAGGUCUUUGAAACAGUCAAUAUAAAUUGUUUAAAUUGGUCAAUAGGUGGCAUUAAAUAAUGUUUUACUUUGUAAUACUUUAUUUCCUGAAAGAUGUUCCUAAUAAUUUUGUAAAAUAUUUUAUUUCAUGUCCAAACAAGGAAUAUAGUACUUUUCAGAGAAAGUACCGGUGUAACAUUAUUGUUUUCUACGCCUCGUCUAUAUAUUUUUUUAAAUGUCUUUGCUUAUAAGUAAUGUUAUAGUAACUUUAAUCGCAUGUUAUAAGAUUCUUGUCUGUUUUAUGAAUUUUAAGGCCGUUGUACUAUUUGUACAUCAUUAUAGUAAAAAUGACGCUGGUAACAUUUUACAGUUAAAAAAUUCUGAAUUAUUUCGAACUGACUAAACAUUGACAUAAAAUAUUUGAUCUCGCUUAGAGUAAUAUGCAUGAAACAUGUUUUAUGUGAUUGUUUCCAGCAGUGCGAACGCCACGAAUAUACAUAUACCGAGUUCAGAAUUAAUUGUAGUAUCAAAAUUAUUACCAUUAAAUAAAAUAAAAUUAACUUCUAAAGGAAUAGCCUACGUUGAAAAAAAUAAUUUGUUUAAAAAACUCAAUUUUGAUAUGUUAUGAUAGCUGUCGUCUACGUCUUAUUAAAAAAAUAAGCGUGGAAUUAUUAAAAGUAGCUUAUGAUAUUUCGGCAUUUAUCGGAUAUCUUUCUGUCAAAAUCCCAUUGAAAUUAACUAACGCGGAGUUUAGGACAAAUAUUUUAAAAAUAUAAUUCUCAUCAGCAAUGGAAAUAUCAUCUUUACGAGUUUCUUCAAUGUUACAGACACUCCAAUUUUAUUAUAUGUAUUAUAAAUGUGUCCUAGAAUUGACAUCUAAAGAAUAAUAUGUCUAUAUGCAGUCUGUACAAAUUAGUGUUGCCAUCUGUUUGACAUUUUGUCAUUAAAAAAUAUAAUUAUUAUUAUGUACUAUUACAAAUCCCGACGUUUAAAGUCACGAGUUAUUAAUAUUUUUGUUUUUAAAAACUAAUACAUUAUGUUACAAAUUACAGCUUAAUGCCGACAUAUGGCAACACUAAAUCAGUAUGGAGGUUUAAUAUGUUUAGUACUAAGCAGAAUGUAGUACAGAUAAUGUAAGCGACUUUAUUUCUACAAAGAAAUACUUUAAUUUUAAAUAAUUGAUGUGUUUUGUAUAAUCACAAUUGUCCUAAUUAUUAAGAUUUUCAAUACACUGUUUUCUAUCACUUCUAAAAUUACAUAAAUAUUUGCGAUAUUCCUGAGGAAAAAAAAAGUCAAUACUAGUUAUCAAAAUGUUUUUUAUUUGUUGUACCCCAAUAGCACAAUGGUUAGAUACUACCCAACUAGUGGUCGUGGGUUCGAAUCCCGGCAUUCUAGUUAUGUACAAUGGGGGCAUUUGGUGGUGUU